AUGUCUGAUUUGAAGUCAUUCCAAAACCAUAUCAACUAUCAUUUCCACAACUGCUCCUUUCUUAAAGAAGCUUUCCUCUCGGCCGGAGCCUCCGUUUCUGAUACGAAGGUGGAGGGUCCGGAAAAGGGCAAUAAACGACUUGCUCUGGUUGGGGAUGCAGCCCUACGCCUCGCAGUCAUGGACGACUGGUUCAAAGAUGACUCUGAUACUGCGGCUGGGCAAAAGCGCUUUUUGAGCAUUGGGACCAAUGAACGAUUGAAGGAUAUUGCGACCAAUUGGGAAAUAGACAAGCUCGUGGUAAAGAACCCUUGCCAACAAGGUAACUGCCCAAAGGAAACGCUCGCUGCGACCAUUGAAGCAGUUCUGGGUGCAGUGUGGGUCGAUUCAGACAGGAAUCUGGCGGUUGUGCAGGAGGUUUUAAGCAAACUAAGCGCGUAA